AUGACGCAUGGAUUUCUUGUUUUAUUUAUUUCCCAGCGUUUCACCAAGAACAACUUCUAUGUGGAGAAAAAUCCAACGAUUGUCACCUUCCCUGUCAAGAACAUAGAUCUGAGAGAAUACUUGUCCAAAGACCCAGAGAUCCAGAAGAAGCACCCCAACACGACCUAUGACCUGAUCGCCAACAUCGUUCACGACGGGCUGCCCGGGGCCGGCAAGGGGACGUACAGAGUUCACAUCUACCACAAGGGUUCCGGCCAGUGGUAUGAGAUGCAGGACCUCCAUGUAGCCGACAUCCUGCCUCAGAUGAUCACCUUGUCAGAGUCUUACAUUCAGAUAUGGGAGCUGAGGAAAGACCAGCCAUCAGACACAGACAUCACUGUAGACUCCUGAUAACACUGUGCUGACAUUUUAUAGAUAAACUGCAGCAUAUUAAUUCAUGAUUGGGGCUCUCAGAUUGCCUUUGAAGGCACAAAUGUACCAUAAUCUCUUUGGUUAAAAAUGGAGUAAUCAUAUCACGCGGUUGAUAGUUGACUAGGGGUGGGUACCAGUACAGAAAAUUCUGUAGAAGUAACCUAUAGAAGUAAUGUACUGAAGUAAAUGUAGAAGUGUAUGGAUUUUUUUAUUCCAACUAAAUUGCUAUCUCCUAACAUUGUACUUGUUAUACAGUACAUGUAUUAUUUUUAGUUCCCAGAAAGGUACAUACUUAUUAAAAGAAAUAACUGUUGAGCACACUUGUAUCAAUAAGUUAUGAAAAUAAAUAGAAGGAAGUUGUGAAUUUG